CACAAUAAGUGCACUGUAACCCCAACUCCAACUCAUCGGAGUGUCUGUUUUACUACACUGUAAACAGCAAAAUGUCAAAUGUUAAAAAAGCUUCGGUAGUUGUAGCAGGGGAGGCAUCGGAAUCAGACGAUGAUGAGCAACAACGCAAGGAUGUUGAUAGCAGUCAGGCUGGUGAAGAUGCCGCUAAGAAAGAUGUGACAACAGCUGGUGUUUCUGGCACUGUGGUAUCAGGGGAGGCCUCAGAAUCUGAUGAAGAGUUUGAGGUGGUGACCAGCGAUGGAGUUACACUGCCUCCACUGAAUGUAAAUGAAGCGGAGAAGGCAACAACAGACACUGGGUCACCUGUCUCGCCCGCUCCAGCACAGAAGUUGCCUCCCAAGUCCAAAUAUAAUUCGUUACUGAACAGAAAACUGCGUGAGAGAAACAUAGCGUUACGGAGACACCUUGUGGACACAGUUCACCAGAGUUUCACUAUCGCUGCCAAGGAUAUUCACAACCUUACCAUGCAGUUGCAGAAAUCACAUAUUGCCAUACAGGACGUUUCUCACAACAUGAGGGAGGCCACCAACACUCUGUUCUACCUGGAGGACAAGGUUGACAUUGUACGCCACUGCAUGAUACUACCACAGAUCAGCUUUCCUAGGCGGCCGUCCGUACAGCCUCAAGAGGCAGCCUCAAUGUGACGUACAAUGUGUGCCAGUUAUUGAUGAUUGCUUGUUAUUUGUUGUUACUUUUUAUUAUUACAGUGCUUAUUAUAUUUGGGCUGUGCUCUGUGAAAAAAGGGUUUAAUGCAUGUGCAUAAAGUUGUUCCAGAUUAGCCUGUGCAGUCUGCACAGGCUAAUCAGGGACAACACUUCGCUUUUAUGAUAUUUUUCUAAUAAAGAAAGUCUCUUCUUAUCAAAAAUGCAGUUUAGACGGAAAGUGUCGUCCCUGAUUAGCCUAUGUGGAUGCAUUAAACCCCCUUUUACAGAUCAUGGAUCAUUUAAUAUAUAACUCAUUAAAUGGUAUUCUUUAUGAAGCUUUUAUAAUUUGAAACUGGUACACUUUCACACAUGUGUCUGUGAUUUGGGGCAUGUUUUCAAAUAUUAUGGAAAUUGUCAACUGGCUUAUAUAUUAGGGCAUAUAUAUUUAAAGGUAUACAUAUUUAUUUGAAAUAACUGAAAGCUUGUCUUUAUGUGCAUACGUGUUUUCUAAUGUUCUGGUAAUUAAAAUCAUAGUGCAUCUCUUUGCCAUUGUUGCAUGACACAAUUCAACCCAUUAGUAUAUGUACUGGUACUAAGGGUAGAAUCUACUUUUCAAAAUCAACCAGUAACUUUCAGAAAUGUUUACUUGAUUCACAAAGUAAACUUGUGAAACAUAUUUCAGUAAAAUCUAUUCAGACAUUAAUAAUUUUUCCUACAUCCUUCGUGUUUGCUUCCAUUCAAUCAUAGAUAAAAUCAGUCACCAAUUGAUGCCUCAAUCACAAGCAGCUGUUAUGUACAGUGUCCCUAGCGAUCAGUGCUCUGUAUAGAAGAUAAUCCACAUAACUGCCAUGUGUAAGAAAGUUCAAGUUUCUUAAACAAUAAACAACUGGUGACAAGGUAGCAUUAAAUUUACAUUCCUUUUGUCUCGGAUCAACUGAUGUUAUUCUGUGUACAACAAAUAUGCCAUAUUGUGAUAUUUUACUGUGCAAAUUCAUUUGUGCAAUAAAUGUGUUUUGAUAA